AUGACAAUUCGCCCUUUGGUGGAGUUACUGGAUGUAAAGAAGAGUAACAGAAAUAUCUCUACUGUGAGCGAGCAGGUUCACUUAAGGUUUUUGGAUCAUCUUGUGACUGGUAUAGAAGAUGUUUGUGGUCACUGGGGCCAGUAUUACUGGAAAGAUAAGUUUGAAUACUUCAGCACUAAAUACCUCAAAAAGAUUCUACUUCGAGAGAAUGAAACAAAAUCAAGUAUUGUUCUCCUCUAUGAAAAGCUGGAGAAAAAACAUGCUAUUGAGCUAGCAGAAGCCGGGCAGCUAUCUGAUGUUUCCCAAAUUCCUGCUAGGGGCAGUAAACACUAUAUGUCCGCUACUACCAAGAAACAGAUUCCUGACCACCAGCUGGAUGAUAUACAGAAAAUUUUAGAAAGGAAUCUGUACAGCAUAAGAAAGACGACCCCAGCAUACAGCAGGCACACUUUAUCUGGAGAUACUGGGGCAGAACAGGCCAAAGAAAUUAUCACAAGAAGACACCAGAGCCUUCGUUUUAAUCUGAACAAGCAGGAGGGCACAGGCACUAAUGGAAACCGGGUAUUGAUAUUUCUCCUUAUUUCUCCUUCUUUUUGA